CGUGAUUGGUGUGCGCAGGCGGUGCUGUGCCGGGCGCCGUGUUGUGGAGCUGCAGCCAUGUCCUACUGCAGGCAGGAAGGAAAGGACAAAAUCAUUUUUGUAACCAAGGAGGACCAUGAAACUCCCAGUAGCGCCGAGCUGAUCGCAGAUGAUCCAAAUGACCCUUAUGAGGACCAUGGGCUCAUCUUGCCAAAUGGAGACAUCAACUGGAACUGCCCGUGCCUUGGAGGCAUGGCCAGCGGGCCUUGUGGGGAGCAGUUUAAGUCGGCUUUCUCUUGCUUUCACUACAGUCAGGAGGAGAUAAAGGGCUCUGACUGCCUGGAUCAGUUUCGGGCGAUGCAGGAAUGCAUGCAGAAAUACCCCGACAUCUAUCCACAGGAGGAUGAUGAGGACGAGGCAGAAAAAGAGAAGCAGAAUAAAGAAGCUGAAGCUUUUAGUACAGAAACUUCUGAUACCAAAGAAGAGAGUUCCAGCUAAUAGAGGACAGGAGGCAAAUGGGCCUCCCUUUAUCUCCCACCUUCUGUUGCUCCAUGGACCAUAAUAUGCAAAGAGGUGUCUUAACACCGUAGCAAGAUCUAAUCACAAUAUAAUCUGUCUUUGUGAGGGACCUAUAGCAGCAUGAAAUCCAGCUCUACACCCAAUCUCAGCCCAAUUAGCAAGAGAUGUGACAUCACUGUGGCCUGACUGUCCUAUGAUACUUUGAAAUCAUGUAUUUAUAGAAGCCGUCUCUGGAUAAGCAGCAACAAGUCCAAUUCACUUGCCCUUUUUGUCACAGUUUUCUAAUUUAACUUUUUUAUUUCUGUUACUAUAAAAAGGGAACAACCAUAAAAAACCUGUAAUUGAGAUUAGAAGCAACCCUGUUAUUGUACAAAGUUUCCAGUCUGUGCCUGAUUAUUCUCUUUAGGUUGAAUGAUAGCGGCUAUGCAUGGUAACCACUAUGUGAGAUAUGAUUGGUUCCCUGAUCCAGCCAGUCAGAAGAAGGCAAGUCUGAGAGAGUUCCUUACCUUCUGUUGUGCCUCAGCCCUUGUGGUGCCACUUCAUACUUGUGACACGUGCACUGACCUUGUGAGAUUGCCCUUCUCUGGGAUGUGGGUGAUCAGAGAAUAUAUUAAAGACCUUUUUACCUUAUGACUUA